AUGGGCUGGUUCUCAUCAUCUACCGAGCCUGCGCCCAAGAAGGCCGCGGACGGCGGCUCAAUCGCUCCCGACCGAACCUCCCGCCAACAAUGUUGGAUAGGAAGAGACAAGUUCUUCGCCUGUCUGGAUGCCAAUAAUAUCAUAGAUGCUCUCAAAGAGGAUAGCGCCGCGCGGUCAAAGUGCUCUAAGGAAAUACAGGAGUUUGAAAGCGCAUGCUCGGCUACAUGGGCCAAAUAUUUCAAGGAGAAACGAGUAAUGGAGCACAGAAGAGACCAGACGAUCCAGAGGAUAAAACGGGAAGACGUUGAGAGUGCCGCGGCGCAGAAGGGCGCCAAAUAA